AAAAACAAAGUGAUUCUAAUAAAAUAUUAAAGAAUAAAUUGAAUAUUUCUGUUCAAGGGAAAGGUUCUGUUCAUUUUUUUAUUUGAGUAAAAAAAUAAUGGAUAAUUCUAAGUUGUCGAAAUUGCAAACAAAUGUUAGAAUUGGAGGAAAAGGGACUCCUCGUCGUAAAAAAAAAGUCGUACAUAGGAGUUCGGGCGACGAUAAGAAGCUGCAGUCAAGUUUAAAAAAAUUGAAUGUACAACCUGUCGGUGGUGUUACUGAGGCUAAUUUUUUUAAAACGGAUGGAAUCGUAACUCAUUUUUCUGCACCAAAAGUUUUGGCAUCUAUUCCUUCAAAUAUGUUUGUAAUUUCUGGUCUCUCUGAAGAUAAAGAGUUGACUGAUCUUGUUCCUGGCAUUUUGAAUCAGUUAGGCCGUGAUUCUUUAGCAUCUCUUAGAAAAUUAACUGGAAAUUAUACUAAUUUGCAUAAAACUAAAACAGGUGAUCCUAAUGAAGAUGAUGACUAUAUCCCCGAUCUUGUAGAAGUAUUCGAUGCCCAAGAUUAA